AGCCGUGGACAGACUGAGGGUGUGACUCCGCCUAUUGAUCAAAGACCAUCCUCCUCCCUUUUGUCUUUUCUUCAGUUUGUUAAGUUCUCGAAAAGCCGCGCGGAGCCCCUCCGACCGUUUGGCAGGGCCUCCGUUUCAUUUCGUGGGAUUUUAGCGCAUCCGGGCGGACAAGUCCACCAACACGCAGAGAGGAAAUCCGUUCCCUCUUUUCUUGGAAACUGCGUUUCAUGGAGUCCUUGUGGAAAUCAUUGAUUGCCAUCACAGCAGCGAGAUCUGGAGCCCUAUCAGUGCACCAUCAUAACAAAGUUACUACAUGAUGAGCAACCAUUCGAUGCAGACCCUCAUUGACCCAGUGUUUCGAAGCAAGAUGCCAUUAUUCAACGGGACCAUAGCAGCCACAGGACUGUCAAAGCCACAAAGUAUGUCUGGUUUCCUGGAUAAGCAGACAUUGCAGUACAGCGGGGCCUACUUUACUUAUGACCCCAGAGGAAAGGAUGGAGCAGGACUCACUCCUCCUUGGAGCAACUCAAAGACCUCUCUGCUGGAUGGCAGAAGUCCUGUGAGUCACCUCUCUGGCAUGGAGGGACAAAACCGCAUCAUUUGCAGGCAAGACAGCAAUUCUUCAGAGGAAGGCCAUUUUCAUUCUUCCUCACUAUAUCACGCUCCGGUAAAACAGGGCUUUACCAUAUACACUAAAAGUCCUGGGAUCAACAGUCCUGCAGCAGCUACGUCAGGGGCUGUUAGAAAACAAAAAACUGGAGGUGAGAGUUCAUCUCCUCCAUCCGAAAACUCUGUUUACUUAGCGAUUCCUAAGCCAGUUUACGGACAUAACCCCUGCUGUAAUGAACUGGGCUGUAUGAUAGGACAACGAUACAGUGUAGAGCAUGGCUCUCCGAGGAUACCAAAAACUGUAUAUGAGCAGGAUUGGAUGCAAACUGAUGCUCACUACGCUGAAAGACCACCUAUUCAGAGGAAGGCGCAGGACAAAGUGCUGCAACAGAGAGGUUUACAGUUUGAGCCCAGUGCAGAACCACUAAAGAGAAUGACUGUGGAGACAUACAGCCCAAGUACAGCGAGGACUUUGCCUGCUGUGAUUGACCCAAACUACAGCAGUUACCCCUGCACCCCAACUCGCACACUGUUUGGUUCUUUAAGUGAGCAGAGCCAGCGGUUACAGACUUCCCCCAGAGGCUACCCCAGCCUAUACCCCUCCCACCCAACAUAUGAGCAUAUGACCUCAGAGGUUUAUCAGGAACGCUCUCCCAUGUCCAAAUAUGGCCAGCUAACACAGCACCCAGUGUUUUACUACCCCCAGGCGAAUGAGGAGCUAGAAAACAGCACACGGUGUAAAAAUAUUGGCAGUAAGCAGAGAGGAGAUGUCCCAGUAAUUCUUAAACGCACACUCUCAAACCCCAGGGAGCAUUACAUAGUGCCUCAGUCACUUCAUGGUGAAAUUCCUUUGACUUUGCCUGGCACUGAAGCACUGGCAAAUCAUUCCUUCAUGCAGGGUUUUGACUAUCCAUGUUAUGCGGUCCCAAGAUUUCAUUUAAAUGCAAGCCAAAUCAGAGUGCCCCUAAAAAGGCAACAUGCAUCGCCUAGUUUCCACACUAACAGCAUAAAUAUUUCCCCAACCAGCCAAUAUAUGGAUCACCCCUUGGCCUCUGAAGCCAGUCUACAUAAGGACAAACCCAACACGAUUCUGCAUGUUGAACGGUCACAACCUUCCUCACCAUUCCUACUUGUGGACCAGACCAGUCCUACCAGAUGUAUAAGCCAACCUGGUGUCUCGUCACCCAGCAUACACAUGAACAGAUUUUUUUCCCCACUCUCCAGCCUGCACAUAGACCGACACAUCCUUCCACCAGCUGGCUUGAACAUGAACAGACUCGCGGACUACUCCUCCUGUGAAACCCAGGUUACAUGCCCAAAACAGCCAAAAGGCUUUCCUGUUUCCUCAGCAGCAUGGGUGCCCCGGUCGCCUAGUCAUGGUUCAGAUCGCAUCCACACAGCAGUAACUAAUACUGCAAAUGUCAGAAAAAUUAUUUAUUCCCCUGCUGUUGUAACAGGAAAUAAAUACAAUGGCCCUACGUCCAGUUCAGCCACCACUGUUCUUAAAGGGUGCCUGAAGAGAAGUAUUUCUCAUUCAUCUCCACCUAUCAAAGUAAAAGAAGAGGGUAGGGAUUUAUGUGACGUGGAACUCAUUGAGAAACGACAAAAAGUGGAAAUGGAGAAUGCCCAGGUAGGAAAUAAAACGGACUCCCCUCCUAUGCCAGUCAUUGACAAUGUCUUCAGUCUGGCACCAUACCAAGCAUACCUGCAGGCCUCUGGGGUCUUAUUUCCGGGCAGAGAGCUUCAGAGAGCCAUCCAGUCUUCUGAGCACCGUGAAGUCAGAACCAAGACAGACAUCAAAGAGAAAAGGCCAGAUCGAGAUGAACAGCAGCCUGUUGUCCCUCCAGUUUCCAAAGAAAUCUGUCCAGAUACUCCAACAGAGAAGCCUGUUGUAGAAAUCUUUGAAUCCAAAAAUAUUAAAAUGGAAAAAGUAGAUCCAUCAGACACGGAUAAUACUGCAGUCUCUCCUGUUUGUCAGAAGGACUGCAGCAAAGUAACAAUCAAAAAGGAGCCUGAAGAGACUGGUUCAUGUGACAGUGGGCCCAUGUUGGUGAUAAAGAAAUGUGAACCUGAUGAACUUGAAAGUAAACCCUCAUUAGCAGACGAAAAUGAGACUUCAAAUGAGUCCAAACCUGUUGAGUUGACAGCACAGAUGAACUCAUCUGCUCAGGUUGAUGCAUGCACACUGCAUGAAGAGGUGGCCACCCUUCAAUCCAAAUCCAUUAGUCCACCUCAGUCAUCUGAGAGGAAGAUUUAUUUCAAAAACAUUGCUCCCCAGUGUCUAAAACUUUCUACCUACAAAAUCAUUCUCCCUGAUACAAAGCAUUCCAGACCUGUUCCACCCCAAGAGAAGACACCUGCACAGCCAGUAACUGAUUUCAUGCCAAAACUAGAGCUCCAAAUGCCAGUCCGCAAGCACUUCUAUGAAUUGCACCAUUCCCUUUGCAAGCUAGUAUCCAAAUCUGUGUCGGGUUCUUCAGAGCAGGAACUCAGAACCUGGUUGUCUCAGUUGGAACUGACUGAACCUGCAUCUCCGUCGACCAAAGUCCAGAAAGUGUCGUGUUUGUUAGGGGUGAAAGCCAGAGAGGUGUGGCUCAAUGAGGAGAUGAAGUCAGCACUCCAUAAGGUCCUCGAGAGGUUGAGAGAGUACACCACCCAGGAACGCUGUCCUUUUCCACACGUCAUGCGAACGGGGGCGGUGUUCAUCCCCAUGCUGGUGAUGAAGGAGCUGCUGUUUCCGACGGUCCAGGGCAGCUUCAUCGACCAGGUCCUGCAGGAGCACAAAGUGGAACUGCGGCCCACUACGCUCUCUGAAGAGAAGAUACUCAUCCAGCUGCAUAAACGAGCCUGCUCCUCCCGCCUCAGGAGACUGAUGUCCCUCAAACACCUUCCCGACAUCUACGCUGACGUGGUCAACCUCUUGUAUUACGCCUGUGUCUGCAAACAUCUGGGAUUAGAUAUGGACGAUCCCGCUGACAGAGAAAAAGAUGACGUUAGUGAAGAGACUCCUGUAUUUUCAGACAUCACUGCCUCAGCAGCCUCGCCCGCAGAGUCACACCCACAGAGACACCCGAAGGACCAGGAAACAAAAUCACAUUUGAACAGGAAUAGAACAAAAAGCAGGGUAAAGAGCAGCUCAAGGCGCAUGUUUCUGGACAACAGUUUGUCAGAUGAGGAAGAGGAAGAUGACACAGGAAAGACUGUAAAUGGAGGCGUGCUGAAUGAAUUUCGCAAGAAAAGCUGGAGUGCCAGUCAGUAUGAGGAGAGUGAGAAUGGAGGAAGUGAUGUUAUAACUGCAGAGCAGGAUUCUUCACUCAUUCCCCAAAGCCCAACUUCUGAGAAUUCAUGGACAUAUCCUUUAACCUUGGAUGAGCUUUCUCCAUCUCCCACUGACACAGAAACAGAGGAAUCCUCCAGUCCACAGCCUGGUAGUCAGUCCCCAGGAGCAGCCAAAUCUCCGGUGCGAUCCAAGAAUUGUUCAGGCAUGAUUCUCAAACUGAAAAGGAUGUUUAGUGAGGGUCUUAACAGCAAAAAGUCGCACUACCAGGCAGUGUCAGACUCGGGGACAUUUGCUGAUCCUUCGCUCUCACAGACCGAGGAUUUGGAGGGAGAGGUGGGCGGCAAGAGGGACCCUCAGCGGAGGACAGCUAAAGUAACCCACAGGUGGCAGAGAACAGAUAGCUUCUCUCACGCCUUAAGACCCCUCAGCAGCUCUUCUAAAAGAAAACGCAGAUCACUCUUGAAGAUCAAAUACUGUCCCUACUUAUCUGCUUGCCACAGCGCUGAGAACAGGAGGCGAUGGGUCCUGCGUUCAGCGGUCCAGAGGGCUCGGAGGGCCAUGAGGUCCUACUACCCGGACCUGGUGGGAAAGAGGAUCCGCCAUCUGUAUGAAGAAGAUGACAAAUCAGAAGUGUGGUAUCAAGGAGAGGUGCUGUGUGUCCAUGAGGCUCACACCAACCCUCUAAAGACCAUAUUUGAGGUCAGGUAUGACAGUGAGCCAGAGUGGAAGUACUACCUAGAGCUGCUGAUAGACUAUAAAAAAGGCUGGCUUAAAAUUGAAGACUAGUUUCCCCAUGCAAAUGUUGCUAUGUCAGAUUUGUUUUUCGUCAUGUCAGAGUGCAAUGACAGUUUUGAAUUGGUUCCUUUUUAUUUUAUUUUUUUUACACUUCCCAAUAGGCCUAAAUAUCUGUUUGGCCUCCUGAAGAAUAAAGUUGGACUCUUUUUUUUUUAUUAUUUAUUUAUUUUUUGUUUGGUUGUAAUGAGGUCAUCUAAACAUUCUUUGUCAUUUGAGAGCCACAGGGCGUAUUCUCAUUUAGGGAUGGACUGUAUGCAGCAUCCUGUAGAUGUUUUUGAAGCUCUUAUCAUGUUUGACACAUCUAUCAACAGCUUUUCUGGUUUAUUCACAAAUUAGAUUGUGGUUAUGUGAAAGAAAUGCCAUGGCCUUACUGUUAAAGAACAUACAAAAACCAAAUGUCCCUUAGUUUUUUUAAUUAAUUUAAAUUGUAAGCAAAUGUAAAGAUUUGUAUUUGUUUUUAAGUCAUCAUUAUCCACUUUUCAGGUUUGAAAAAAAAUGUGAAGUUAGUAACUUUUUUGUUUGCAAGUAAGAAAUGAGAAACCAGCAAAUGACAUGGGGACAUUUUAAAAGGGCUUCACUGUCAAACAGUGCCAGCCACAUGUAUAUAGGUUUACAGUAAUAGUGCCAGUCUUGUAUAUCAUUAUAGCAAAGAGUGAUUUUUACCCUGAUGAUUGUCUUGGUGUUUUGUGUGUAACUGAAGCUGGACAGGCAUUGAUGUAGUUGUGUACUAAGCUGCUCAGGAGAUCUUUGAUGACACACAGGCUGAGAUGUUCCCAUGUCAUAGUGUUUUUAAUCACUGUGAACCUGAAUACUUUCACCUCAAAGUGAAUUUUAAUUUAAUUUUGUAUCAUUUUCUAAGACUUCUGAAGUCUGAAUAUUAAAAUAUUACUUA